AUGCUCGAAAUAGCCUGCUUCAACGCUUCUUCUGCCACCGUAGCAGCUCAAGCAGGCGCUGAUCGGAUUGAACUAUGUGCCAACUACUCCGCUGGCGGGGUCACACCUUCCCACUCCACACUACAACACGUACGCAAGGAAGUCACGAUUCCAAUCAAUGUCAUGAUUAGACCAAGAGCUGGCAACUUCAACUACUCAGACGAAGAGUUUACUCUUAUGAAGAAAGACAUGGAGGUGCUUAAGCCUCUCGCUAGCGGAUUCGUCUUUGGCAUUCUAGACGCCAAUCGUCGUAUAGACCAAACUCGCAACCGCGAAUUGGUUGAAGCCGCAGCCCCGCUUCCAUGCACGUUUCAUCGUGCAGUCGAUGAGGCCGAGGAUUUGGAAGAAGCUGUUGAAACAGUGGUCAGCUGCGGGUUCAAGAGCCUGUUAACUAGUGGUGGGGCGAAGAGCGCCUUCCAAGGUGCUGAUAAGCUCUAUCAAUUACAUUCAAGGUUUGGAGCAGAUCUGUCGCUAAUAGCCGGUGGAGGGGUCAGAAGUACAAAUAUCGAGGAGCUCAAGAGGAGGACCCACCUAACAUGGCUCCACUCAGCAGCCAUCACAGCACCUGGAGAAGACGUGAAUUGCCAGGAAGUCAGCAAGAUGCAGAGAGAGUUAUCAAAAGUGGCAUGA